GUGGCCUCGGGAAGCCGUUUGUUUUCACCCGGCGCAGCUGGUCGGGUCUCCGCCAAUCGGAGCGCAGGAGCGGGCGGUUUAAUUUUAAAUCUUGUUUCACCGGCAGCGGGCGGAUCCAACAGACUGAAAAAUACUGUCAAAGUGCACCUGGACAGAAGAGUGUCCACACUAACCGGUCUGUACUUUCUAAAAGCUACGGGUAUAACAUAUACUAACACAGUAUAAACACGUUUCUGCGAACAUGUCGAAGAAACAGAUUUACUACUCGGAUAAAUACACGGACGAGGAAUUCGAGUACAGGCACGUCCUGCUUCCAAAGCAGCUUGCCAAACUGGUGCCAACGUCGCACCUGAUGUCCGAGGAUGAGUGGCGCAGUCUCGGGGUCCAGCAGAGCCAGGGAUGGGUACAUUACAUGAUCCACAAACCAGAACCGCAUGUGCUGCUGUUCCGAAGACCUCUCCCACAGAACUGAAGGCUGGGGCUGGGGCUGGGGCUGGGGUUGGGGCUGGGGCUGGGGACUGACACUUUUAAGCUUGUUGUUUCUUUUAAAACUGCAGGUUAUUUAAUCUGAACUGAAAAUGAUAUACAGUACAUAUUUGAACAUGUAUGUUACCUAUUGUAUUAUUUAUAAACCCUACAUAGUUGACCAAACUAGAAAGAAAAAAUACUUUUAAUUGCAUGAGAACAAUUAGAAAAUUGACCAGGAUGAAGAAACUGGAAAAGUACUAACUUUACUUUUAUUCUUUCUUUCUGUACGUUUGUUUUUUUGUGGUGUUUUGUUUGUAAAACUGUAUGAAACGCAGCAGUCUGCAUGGUAAAUGACUGCCAGUCCUUUCCUUUGGCUAAUGUCUGUCAGUAUUCCUGAACAGGCGUGUCAUCUGGAUGCUUAAAACACAGUUCACACUGGAAUGACAGCUGAACUGUGGCUAACUCUGGGGUUUGAUUCACUUGUUCCGUCAAUCCAUUGUAUUUAGAAAGCACUAGAUUUACUGUUGG